GUCCUAGACAAUGCGCUAGACAAUCUGGCGUUUGCAAACGAUUAACUGGUGACUCUAGACCUAUAGGUUUGUCUUAAGCACAAUGGAAGUAUUGAAAUUUAAUUUCUGUCUUCUCAGUAUAAUGGGGGUUUGGAAACCGCGAGGGUGGCGCGGUAUCAAAGCUAUUUUCUAUUACAUUUAUCGAUCUUUCGUAGUUAUUGUUAUUCUCAAUUCCUUAGUAUCCGGCAUCUUAGACCUAAGAUUGAAAAACGUCGAACUCGACACCUUCGUCGACAAUUUAUCGUUGACCCUCGCAUGGGUCGUCGCCCGGCAGAAAGUCGUCUGUGUGAUCGAAAAUCGCUGUGGCAUCACUCGCAUAAUUGAUUCACUAGAACAAAAACCCUUCAAACUCCGCGACUAUCGAGAGGAACUCAUUUUCCAGCGAUUUAAGAAACUUGCAAGAACUAUAUUUACUUUUUACCCGUUAUUAUUUAUGAGCGCACUACUGACAGAUGCUAUAGGCCACAUAUCUGUCAUGAAUCCACCCUAUGCUCUCCCGUACCCAGGCUGGUAUCCCUACAAUUACACCCGCACAACUAAAAUAUACUGGACAACGGCUAUCUAUCAAGUAUACUCAAUAUUCACCACGGCGACUAUUAAUUUAAUAUUAGAUUUGUUGCUGCCAUGCAUAAUGUGCUACAUGUGCGGGCACAUACACAUUCUAAGACACAGAUUUAAAGUCACAACAGAAAAAUUACAAAUGAUGUUGGAAAACCAUGAACCUCAAGACGAAAUAAUUGCCGCUGAGCGCAAAAUGAUGGCCGAGUGGGUCGAAAAUCACAGUGACAUUUUAAAUUUAGUUAAAUUCAUCAAUAACAUAUUCGAGAGAGUGAUAUUUGUUCAGUAUACUGUGAGCUCACUUCUUCUCUGUACCAUCGCAUUCUUACUAUCGCACACUGAGCCAUGGACGCCGAAAUUUGCUGGAAAUUUAGCAUUUUUUGCAACGAUGGUUUCUCAAAUAUUGUUGCCAUGUUAUUGCGCUGAUAAACUGAGUUUUGAAUUUUUAGAUAUAUCUACCACAAUAUAUGACACAAAUUGGUAUCACUUAAGCAACAAUGUCCGCAAAUCGGUAGUAAUUAUUCUCCGACAAUCUUAUCGACCUGUUAUGAUAACGAGCAGUUUUUUUAUCGUUUUAUCCCUUGAAUCCUUUACUAAGGUUAUAAAACUUGCGUACACUAUUUACAAUGUUCUGCAAUGAAUUAUUAAAUGGAUUUAUAUGUACUGUUGGGACCCCGCGAAGAAAUAAAUAUAUUUCUGAAAAUAGAAAUCAAAAAUAUAUAAAUUAUGUAUUUUGAAAUAUAUUAAUUCUAUAUUUCAAAAUAUAAACAUAAUAGAUCAAAAUUUUCCGUUACCAAUCUAUUUCGUAGAUGUAGACAAUAUAUUCGUUAUAGUAGAA